UCACUCACACUGUCAGAUUAGAGUUUAAUCCGAGGGGGAGGAUACACUGUCAAGUCGCUCUGCAUCUUGGAAGGACUCUCGGUGUAUAUGCAUACUAAGCAAACGCGUUUUUUACGUGGGACUGUAUUUUGUUCUACAAAACAUAGAAGAUGAAACACCAGUUUUCCGUUGCUGUCUUUGCCUGCCCGACGUCUUGCCAAUACGUUAAAAUGAUUGCUGGCUAACUAGCUGAAAAAGAGUAACGUUAACUAAAUCGGAUUAACGUUAGCUGAUAACGGCAGCCUCCCUUCUACGUAAUAUCCAGGUAUCAUUUGUUGUACUUGAUAACUAUUAGCUACACAGCGAACGGUCGCCUCUGUUAAUUUUUUGUUGUUGUUGAAUGUCUAUUACCUUCCUCCAUUUUUGUCAACAUUACUUCUUUGUGCUGUAAGUAUUCGCUAGCAUUAAUGUUGCCGCAAGCUAGCUAGGUUAAUAGCCACUCAAACCACAACAAGAGCCGGAGCUCUUUCGCUGGCUAAUCGUCUCUGUUUGUUGGGAAAGAGCAGACAUAAAAUUAGUGCCUCCGACCGCAACCGAAAGUCAAGACGGCGCUGACGGCCAGGCUGAUGUGCUAGCUUGUCUUUUGGCCAGCUGGCAAGAGAGCUGUACAAGAUUGUAUUCCCGAAGUUAGCCUUCAGACGAAGCAAAGAUGUCAGGAAAGGAUAAAGACAAAGUCAAACAAGAGAAACAGUCCACAACGGAGCGGCUGAUAAAAGCUGUGCCGUACCCGCCACAACAUAAGCUGACUGUGAAAGAGAUAUAUGAAGAUGGCAAGCCCAACGCUGAGCUGCUACGCAACCACCUUGUCAAAGAGGGCAGGGUGGAAGAGGACGUGGCUCUAAAGAUCAUCAAUGAUGGGGCUAACAUCCUUCGCCAAGAGAAGUGCAUGCUGGAAGUGGAGGCGCCUAUAACAGUAUGUGGGGAUGUCCAUGGACAAUUCUUUGACCUUAUGAAGUUGUUUGAAGUGGGGGGAUCACCCAGUAACACACGGUAUCUCUUCCUCGGUGACUACGUAGAUCGAGGAUACUUCAGUAUUGAGUGUGUUCUCUACCUCUGGUCACUCAAGAUCAACCACCCAACCACACUCUUCCUCCUGCGUGGGAACCACGAGUGCCGACACCUCACAGAGUACUUCACCUUCAAACAGGAAUGUAAAAUUAAAUACUCUGAACGGGUGUAUGACGCCUGUAUGGAGGCCUUUGACUGCCUGCCUCUCGCUGCCCUGCUCAACCAACAGUUCCUAUGUGUACAUGGCGGACUCUCACCAGAAAUCAACUGCCUAGAUGACAUUAGGAAGUUAGACAGAUUUAAAGAGCCUCCAGCAUUUGGGCCAAUGUGUGAUCUGAUUUGGGCUGACCCCGGUGAGGACUAUGGCAGUGAAAAGACAUCUGAACACUUCAACCAUAACUCCGUCAGAGGCUGCUCAUACUUUUUCAGUUACUCAGCAGUUUGUGACUUUUUGGUAAAUAAUAACUUGCUGUCAGUAAUAAGAGCCCAUGAAGCACAGGAUGCAGGGUAUCGUAUGUACAGAAAAAGCCAGACCACAGGCUUCCCUUCAUUAAUCACAAUCUUUUCCGCUCCAAAUUACCUAGAUGUCUACAACAACAAAGCUGCUGUAUUAAAAUAUGAGAACAACGUGAUGAACAUCCGACAAUUCAACUGCUCCCCCCACCCUUACUGGUUGCCCAAUUUUAUGGAUGUCUUCACAUGGUCUUUGCCGUUUGUUGGAGAGAAAGUGACGGAGAUGCUGGUGAACGUACUGAAUAUUUGCUCUGACGAUGAGCUCAUGUCAGAGGGAGAUGACCUAUAUGAAGGUGGAACCUCAGCGAUGCGUAAGGAGGUCAUCCGAAACAAGAUUCGCGCUGUGGGGAAAAUGGCCCGAGUCUUCUCAGUCCUCAGGGAGGAAAGCGAGAAUGUGUUAACACUCAAAGGCCUCACCCCAACUGGAACUCUUCCUGUGGGAGUGUUGUCAGGGGGAAAGCAGACCUUACAGACUGCAACGAUUGAGGCAGCUAAAGCACAAGCCAUUCAAGGCUUCUCUCCCACGAGGAAGAUUCGUAACUUUGAGGAGGCACGCGGCCUGGACAGGAUAAACGAGAGGAUGCCGCCGCGCAAAGAUGGCCAGCUGCCAGACGGCACCACGAUCAACACCAACACCCCCACCUCCAACAAGAACGGCACGGAUGGGUAGGCAACAGGAACACCGCCCUCCCAUCUUCACACAACCAACAGCCCCUGACUCAUAGCCCCUAACCACUCUCUCUGUCUGUCUCUCUCCCUCUGUCACCUCUACUGAAACUGCAUGUCUAUCUUCCGCUCGCCCGCACUCGGGCGGGGAAAGGAAGGGACACAUCGGUAGAUUAAAAAAACAAAACAAAAGGAGGCCACAGCGCUGGGAGAAACACUUUCAGCUUCUGAAAAAACGUGCGUUAUAUGGAGAAAAAAUAUUUAUUUUGGAUUAAAUAUAUUAGAUAUAUUGUUUAUUAGUAACAAAUCAUUCAAUGAAGACAUUUUGCAAGUGUAUACUGUACACUGAAGUCCUAACUUAUACAUGUCAAAAUUAUAUAUAUAUAUAUAUAUAUAUAUAUUUUAUCAUUUUGAGUUGAUACCGAUAGAUGAAGCCUUUGUUAUCCAGGAGUUUUAGUCACUUUACUUUUUUUUUAUUUUUUUAUUGUUAUUCUCCAUGUGUUUGGUAAGGGAAAAUUCGAAGUACAAAUACUGUAGCCCCAACAUUUUCGUUUGGAUCUUGCAAGGCUCUUGCCAAGACAUUUUCGGCACUUGAGGGUCUACAUACUUUGCUUUCAUGUGUGUCAGUUGAAAGAUAAAUUAUGUAUGAAAGAAAGGUGAAAGAAAGAAUAAGGGAAGCAAAUUAUAUUGGAACAAUUAUUACAAAUUAAUAUUUUGUACUUGAAGCAGAAAUUAAAUGAAGACUUAUGAAGUCUUAUUUAUACAUUUUCCACAAAACUUUGAUGAAACACUCCCCCCCCCAAAUAUGCUGAAACAGAUUUGUUCAGUAUUUUGUUCACUUCCAGAGUACGAACAAUUUUCUUCUUGUGUUAUAAUUUGUGAGUGUAAAUGUUCACAAAUCCUUUAACAAAGUUAAGGGUUUAUGCUUUGUGUGCAAUGAUAGUUGCUGUUCUGUGCUGGUUAUGACUUGUGUUCACAUAAUGGCAAAUAGGAUGUUCUCGCUCCGCUAAACCAAAUAAGGGAUAUACAGUACAGCAUGUCUUAUUCUAUCACCACAAGCAAGCCUGCCAAUACUCCCACAUCCCUUUUGGAAGCAUCUCUUCUUCUGAAGCGUUGAAGUUAAGCCGCCUCUCUGGGAUUGAGCACUGCGCAUGAAGAUUACGGCACGAGAAACCAACUGACAAAUAAGUAUAUCUCUUCAGUUGUCAUUGUGGACAAAAAAUAAAAUGACAUAUUUGCUCAGAAAGCAUAAGGACCUGCUGGCCACACUGUCCUCAAAAACAGACUGUUGUUCAUUAUUGCUUUGGAAAUUUCAGUGUAUCUAACAGAAUGAUGGCGUUUGGAUUUGCAUUUCAUUGUCAGACGCUGAGAAAAAAAAAAAAGGGGGGGUGUGCUUUUUGCGGCUUUCCUUGGUUUCUAAAGCUGUAUCGGUGUCUCCAUCUACUGUCGGUUAUACAGAAUGCAGAUGUUUUUUGAAUUGGGAUAAAUUCAAAAAAAACGUGAAACAUUUGACAUUGAGUGAGAUGACAGCUCUUUGAGGAUGCUGUACCCAGACACAAUGGACCGAGUCAUUCCCCUCGGCAGGGAUGAUACUAUAAAAGGUACCGCCGCCACACUAACCGCUGUCUAUCAAGGCCUAAGAGUACUGUAAUCAUCUCAACCAUGGCUGACUCAUACGUACACAGUAUAUUAUUUUUAAACUCAUGGUCCUACCAAUAUGGGGUCCAUUAGCAUUUGCUGGCGUGUAUAUGCUUUUCUGCUCUGAAGUAUUCAGCCAUUCAGCUCUCUUCUGGUCACAACACCUCCACUCCUCUUCACAAGCACGCCCAACCCUUUAACACCUGCUUUUACUAAGACAAACAACCAACUCAACUGGUGCUUUGACACACCUGACUGUAAUUCUGUUGUCUUUUUGUCACUCAAGAAAAGGUGGGGAAAUAACCUUUAAGAUUUGCUAUUCUCUUGUGAAUUUACUUUUAUUUUAUUUUAUUUUUAAAUGAGGCGUUUGUGCUCAUGUGCCAUGCCUCCUCGGCCACACAUGUCAAGAUCUGUAUGUGUGUGUGUGUGUGUGGAUGUUGAAUGAAGCCAGGAGACUUUCAGUCACACAUGAUUAAAGAUUCAAUGUCAGUUAUAUUAAUCUUGAUAUCCUUAAAAUUUCUAAAAUAUUGUUGUUUGCCGUUACGUUCAGUAGACUUCUGGGGAAAGCUUCCUGAAGAUUAAGUAUUUCGGUUUACAUUUAUAACUGUGAUGUUAAAAUUUGUUUUUAAAGUAAGGCUUUAUUGGGUGAGCCAUACAGUAUACUGACCUCCUGUUAGGUCCUAUACAUAUCUCGCAGAAUGUAAAAAAAAAAAAAAAAAAAAAUGUUUAUUUAGAAUCUUAUAACAGCUGUAAAGAGAGGGGGGGAGGGGGAAACUGUACCGUAUUUGUCAUGCAAGGCCAUGAAAUCUUUUAUGUAGAUGUAUCACUUGAAAGCAAAGAAUAAAAUUCAAAUACAGUGUUUUAUUUGACUCA